AGCCUGCUGAGCCACUGGGAUCACGGGUGUGUGCCACCGUGCCCGACUGUGAGGAUGUGUUCUGUGUUUCCAUGUUUUCUCUAGGACAGAUCCUGUUACAUCGGAGGCACCAUGAAGUGUCAGCUGAUAAGUGUGUUCAUGUCUGCAGGCCUCCUGUGUGCCCAGAAGUUUCUUCUUGGGCUUCUGGCAAAGUCGAGGCUGGCAGCAGUGCUUGGUGUGAGGGAGGGGAGGGAGUGGCUGGCCAGGUUGGCUGCGCCUGGCCCUCCUCUCCCACCUCCCUCUUGUCGAUCUCACUUCCUGUGCUCAGGGGCUAACCCAUAGGUCUCCCUCUCUGUCUCCCUGUCCUGCCCCACACUGCCCUGCCCUGGGCUGGGAGCCAAGGGAUGAGCUUUAAUUGUCCAAAAGAUUUUCAGCAGAAUUUAAAUUCAUUGUUUGUCUGCCAGCACAUGGGGCCCUGCUCAGAUAUAAAUACCUGGACAAUGUGCUCGGUUCUGGAUGGCCUGCCCUGUGGAUGACAGUGGCUUCAUCCUGUGCCCUUGGAGAGUCAUUGGGGUGGAAGAUGGUGGAGGGUGAGGGGUCAAAGAGGGAGAAACCCACAGGGCAGACGAGGCUUGGUCUCCUGCCGUGGGGGAGCCUGCCCAACCUGGGAGAGCCAUAGGCACAGGGUUUUUGGGGGUCCAGGCUCCCUCCCUGCCAGGGCUCCCCAGGGAGACAUCUGUAACUAUCCCCACAGCACUUUUGCAGUGUGUCACAUUGUUGCCUUACACGACAGAAAUGCGCUGCAUUGUGGUGAGGCUUCUGGGACCCAGCGUGUUGGCACUGCCCAGCAUCUCGCAUGGCUGCAGUGGGAUCCCUUGCUGGCCUGCAGGAGCUUCUCUCUGUCCCCACUCUGCAUGGUUCCAUUGUUUUGUGCCUCCACCCUGCAGUCAUCCUACACUGGUCUCUUUGCAGCCCACUUCUGUGCUGUGGUACUCUACUGGGUGGUCACCUGGGAGGCCAGGCCUCCUGGGUUUCUGGACAAAGCCCCUCAUGCUGCGCCAUAUCCAAGAUCAACAUGUGGCUUUCUAUGGGCACAGCGCAGAGGUGUCUGCACCACGGAGUAUUCCUGCCCCACCUUCCAGCGCCUUGCUGGGUGGUCAGCAUUGCAUGGGGCAUCUGGACUUUCCUGGGCCUUGGGCACAGCUCCUUGGGUUGGAGUACUGCACUUCCACCAGCUGAGCUCCCACCACUGCAUCUCUGCAGCAUGUGGCAUCUCUGUCCUGCACUGAAUUUUUGCCAUAGCACCUGCCCUGCACCUGGCACGUGGGCUGUCCUGUUCCCAGGCCCAGCUCAUCUGCAUUCCACUGAAGCGGCACCUUUGCCUCACGUAGCACUCCUGUCCCACUGCCUGGGUGCACGCACUGCGCUGGCUGGUGCCUCCUGGCCCGGCCCUCAUACUACCACGACUGCCAGACGCUGCCGCCUAUGGUACCUUGGCCUUUGGCUUUUUGUGUUACCACCGUAGAGUUGGCUGGUGGCCUUUCCCAGGUUUCUGUCGGCAGCCUCAGGUGGGCAACCUCUUUGCACAGUGUCCUCACUGCAGUGCACAUCUGCCCUUACUGCAUAGGGUCAAGGUCAGGGACUGUAGCUUGGGACCACUUUGUUGGGCUUUGGGACUGGCCCGGCUUCUUGUGGGCAGCGCUGCUGUUCAGUACCAGUGCUGCAUCUGUGCACUGCACGGGAUGGCAGCCGAGGGCCUCUGCCUGGCACUGUCUGUUGGUUGUAGGGUUGUGUGCAUUCUGCUGGCCUUCUAGACCCAGAGCCCUUGACCUGUGUCUGCCAAUCCACGUGGCGUCUUCACUCCAUCUCAUUUUUGUGCCACUUCCUUCCCCUUCCUGGAGUCUGUGCCUGCUCUGCUCCUCUGCUCUGUGUUGCGCUGCUGUUUGGGACUCGGGUGCUACACAGCAGUGUCCUCUGCAUCCUUCCCUUCCCUGUGCAUUCUGCAUGCCUGUGCUGGACGCAUUCUUUCAGUGAGAAUACCUGCUCUGUGCUGGGCCCUGUGUUGGUAUUUGGAGAGGAAGAGGACCCCAGGAGGCCUGGUCUUACCAUCCUGCCUUCCUGUACCCAUCAUGCAGCCCUGAGCGCCAGCCCAGUGCUUUGCAGUGGUGUGCCACACCUUGUGCAGCACUGGGUCAUGCCAGCACCUCCAGGCUGCACUGGGGCUCUGACCAGUUCUGCCCUACCAGAUGUAGGUGCUGGGGGCUAUGCACUCUGUGCCCCGCCCCCACACGUCAGAUAUCCCCAUCCUGCGUGUAUACGUGUGAUGCUGCUGCAUGGCACACUCAACACACCAUGCUGUGGUCUCACAGUUCUCUCUUCUCGGAACCUCUGUAAGGUACAGAUUUUCUCAGUGCACGAGUCUGUACAUGCCCUAUGCCCGCUACUGUGUACUGUGGCUUUAUGUGACAGGGCAUUUGCCCUGCAGGGGAUCGUGAACUUUGUGCCCACUCUGCACUGCAAAGCCCUCCACUCAACCCUUCCCCUCUGCUCAGUGUCCAGCCCUGGCCUGUGCCUUCCUCUUAUGCUACCGACAUGGCUGCCUACCGCUUAACUCUGGGAUUUGUGCUGCCUGUGGGUCUAGGAGAUGGGAAUGGGUCUGGUGAGAGUUCCUCUGCUGUAUUGGCUUCCUUCCAUCCUGGAUGGAGAUGGCCAGAUGUUGGCAUUGUUGGACUCUUAUGGGAGGUGCCAGGUCAGUUUUUUCUGCCUGUGGCCUGGCUCUGGGGGCUCUCCCUGGCAGCAGUCAUGCUGGGCUCUGGGUGGUUAGGGCAUCUGGUUGCCAACCGUGUCUGUAAUUUAUUAUCAGUUAGUCAAGGCUCUGGCAACUUUGGUAGUGGUGAGGUGAGAUUCAGGCCCCAGGGCUGGAAUCAUGGUCCUUGGACUGGGUGCAGCUGGUUAAGCUCAAUGUAGCUGGAACCAUAGGGUCAAUAGGUCUGGUCACUAUUAGCCACCUACAUAUACAGGGCUUGGAGAUGGGAGUCCAAGGCCUGUGAGACAGUUCAGGCAGCAGGAGAUGGGGCUUGGGUAGGCCUGCCAUGCAGUUGGGGUGGAACGACCUGGGUAGGCUGGGUUGGGGGAGAAGGUCCUAGGUAGGACUCCUUGGAAGAGGGAUGGUGAAAUAGGCCAGCGCUGUCACUGGAUGAUACCUGGGUUCCCCCGGCCAGGGUUGGGGCUGAGCCUACAGUUGGGUGAGAUCCUAGCCCCUGAAUUCACAGUCUGUUGGGAGAAGUUCUAUUUCUCCUGGGGCCACCCCUGGGAACUGGAUGUUCUAUUGACAAACCAAAGGGAAUGAAAAUCCCAUUGCAAACAGGCUCCAUUUACUCGGGGUGUUCAGAAAACACUGCGGGUGGCUGCAGGUGCAGCGGACGCCAUUCCCUAUCUGGAGUGAGAACUUCUAGUCUGGUGUGUGAUGCUUGUGGUACUCCCAUGCACACGCACAUGCACACACAUGCACCCAUGUGCAUAAUCCCCCAGCACACUGUGGACACACACCUCCUCUUAGACACAUGACUGCUGCUGAAUGUGCUGCUUAGCUCUGUCCAUAGGCACCAUCCAUCCACACUCGACCUCGCAGCACCUGCCUGGAAGACCCUUGCUUUUGGACACCCAGGCCCUGCCUGGCACACCUCUCCCCCAGAGGACCUCUCCCAGUCCUGAGGUCAUUCUUCCUCACAAGCAUAUUCACAAGUGCAGACGAAUGGCAGUGGACCAUGGUCUCACUGCACAGCUGGCUGCACCUUCGAGGAGGCGAGUGACCCAGCAGUGCCCUGUGAGUACAGCCAGGCCCAGUACGACGACUUCCAGUGGGAGCAAGUGAGGAUCCACCCGGGCACGCGGGCCCCCGCAGACUUGCCCCACGGCGCCUACUUGAUGGUCAAUGCUUCCCAGCACGCCCCAGGCCAGCGGGCCCAUGUCAUCUUCCAGAGCUUAAGCGAGAACGACACCCACUGUGUGCAGUUCAGCUACUUCCUGUACAGCCGAGAUGGCCACAGCCCUGGUACCCUGGGCGUCUAUGUGCGUGUUAACGGGGGCCCCCUGGGCAGCGCUGUCUGGAAUAUGACUGGAUCCCAUGGCCGUCAGUGGCACCAGGCUGAGCUGGCUGUCAGCACCUUCUGGCCCAAUGAAUAUCAGGUGCUGUUUGAGGCCCUCAUCUCCCCAGACCGCAGGGGCUACAUGGGCCUAGAUGACAUCCUGCUUCUCAGCUACCCCUGCGCAAAAGCCCCGCACUUCUCUCGCCUGGGCGAUGUGGAGGUCAAUGCCGGCCAGAACGCGUCUUUCCAGUGUAUGGCGGCAGGACGGGCUGCUGAGGCCGAGCGCUUCCUUCUCCAGCGGCAGAGUGGGGCGCUGGUGCCCGCGGCCGGUGUGCGGCACAUCAGCCACCGGCGCUUUCUGGCCACCUUCCCGCUGGCCGCGGUCAGCCGCGCAGAGCAGGACCUGUACCGCUGCGUGUCCCAGGCCCCGCGCGGCGCGGGUGUCUCUAACUUCGCGGAGCUUAUCGUCAAGGAGCCCCCCACUCCCAUCGCACCCCCGCAGCUGCUGCGUGCGGGCCCCACCUAUCUUAUCAUCCAGCUCAACACCAACUCCAUCAUCGGCGAUGGGCCGAUUGUGCGCAAGGAGAUCGAGUACCGCAUGGCGCGUGGCCCAUGGGCCGAGGUGCAUGCAGUCAGCCUGCAGACCUACAAGCUGUGGCACCUUGACCCUGACACCGAGUAUGAAAUCAGUGUGCUGCUCACGCGUCCCGGAGAUGGCGGCACUGGCCGCCCAGGUCCUCCACUCCUCAGCCGGACCAAGUGUGCAGAGCCCAUGCGGGCACCCAAAGGCCUGGCUUUCGCUGAGAUUUUGGCUCGCCAGCUGACCCUGCAGUGGGAACCGCUGGGCUACAACGUGACACGCUGCCACACCUACACGGUGUCCCUGUGCUAUUACUACACCCUGGGCAGCAGCCACAACCAGACCGUCCGCGAGUGUGUCAAGAUGGAGCGGGGCGUCAACCGCUACACCAUCAAGAACCUGCUGCCCUACCGGGACGUCCACGUACGCCUGGUCCUCACUAACCCCGAGGGGCGCAAGGAGGGCAAGGAGGUCACCUUUCAGACUGAUGAGGAUGUGCCUGGUGGGAUUGCGGCUGAGUCCUUGACCUUCACGCCACUGGAGGACAUGAUCUUCCUCAAGUGGGAGGAGCCCCAGGAACCCAACGGCCUCAUCACUCAGUAUGAGAUCAGCUACCAGAGCAUCGAGUCCUCAGACCCUGCAGUGAACGUGCCGGGCCCCCGGCGUACCAUCUCCAAGCUCCGCAAUGAGACCUACCACGUCUUCUCGAACCUGCACCCAGGCACCACCUACCUGUUCUCCGUGAGGGCUCGCACGGGCAAAGGCUUUGGCCAGGCAGCGCUCACUGAGAUCACCACCAACAUCUCGGCUCCCAGCUUUGACUAUGCUGACAUGCCGGCACCCCUGGGCGAGUCGGAGAACACCAUCACCGUGCUCCUGAGGCCUGCUCAGGGCCGUGGCGCGCCUAUCAGUGUGUACCAGGUAAUUGUGGAGGAGGAUCGGCCGCGGCGGCUGCGGCGGGAGCCAGGUGGCCAGGACUGCUUCCCAGUGCCUCUGACCUUCGAGGCGGCGCUGGCUCGUGGCCUAAUGCACUACUUUGGGGCCGAACUGGCGGCCAGCAGUCUGCCUGAGGCCAUGCCCUUCACCGUGGGUGACAACCAGACCUACCGUGGUUUUUGGAAUCCACCACUUGAGCCCAGGAAGGCCUACCUCAUCUACUUCCAGGCAGCAAGCCACCUGAAAGGGGAAACCCGGCUGAACUGCAUCCGAAUCGCCAGGAAAGCUGCCUGCAAGGAAAGCAAGCGGCCCCUGGAGGUGUCGCAGAAGUCGGAGGAGAUGGGGCUCAUCCUGGGCAUCUGUGCAGGGGGACUUGCUGUCCUCAUCCUCCUCCUGGGAGCCAUCAUUGUCAUCAUCCGCAAGGGGAGAGACCGCUAUGCCUACUCCUACUACCCGAAGCCAGUGAACAUGACCAAGGCCACUGUCAACUACCGCCAGGAGAAGACGCACAUGAUGAGCGCCGUGGACCGGAGCUUCACGGACCAGAGCACCCUGCAGGAGGACGAGCGGCUGGGCCUGUCCUUCAUGGACGCCCCUGGCUACAGCCCCCGGGGAGACCAGCGCAGCAUUGGAGUCACCGAGGCCAGCAGCCUCCUGGGGGGCUCACCACGGCGUCCGUGUGGCCGGAAGGGCUCCCCGUACCACACGGGGCAGCUGCACCCUGCAGUGCGGGUGGCCGACCUCCUGCAGCACAUCAACCAGAUGAAGACAGCCGAGGGCUAUGGCUUCAAGCAGGAGUACGAGAGCUUCUUUGAGGGCUGGGAUGCCACCAAGAAGAAGGACAAGCUGAAGGGAGGCCGGCAGGAGCCUGUGCCUGCCUAUGACCGGCACCGCGUGAAGCUCCACCCGAUGCUGGGAGACCCCAGUGCCGACUACAUUAAUGCCAACUACAUCGACAUUCGGAUAAACCGAGAAGGUUACCACAGGUCAAACCACUUCAUAGCCACACAAGGGCCAAAGCCCGAGAUGAUCUAUGACUUCUGGCGCAUGGUGUGGCAAGAGCACUGCUCAAGCAUCGUCAUGAUCACCAAGCUGGUGGAGGUGGGCAGGGUAAAGUGCUCACGGUAUUGGCCAGAGGACUCAGACAUGUACGGGGACAUCAAGAUCACACUGGUGAAGACGGAGACGCUGGCUGAGUACGUGGUGCGCACCUUUGCCCUGGAGAGGAGGGGCUACUCUGCCCGGCACGAGGUCCGCCAGUUCCACUUCACAGCGUGGCCAGAGCACGGUGUCCCCUACCAUGCCACCGGGCUGCUGGCCUUUAUCAGGCGCGUGAAGGCCUCCACCCCACCCGAUGCCGGGCCCAUCGUCAUCCACUGCAGCGCUGGCACUGGCCGCACAGGUUGUUACAUCGUCCUGGAUGUGAUGCUGGACAUGGCGGAGUGUGAGGGUGUCGUGGACAUUUACAACUGCGUGAAGACCCUCUGCUCCCGGCGCGUCAACAUGAUCCAGACCGAGGAGCAGUACAUCUUCAUCCAUGAUGCAAUCCUGGAGGCCUGCCUGUGUGGGGAGACCACCAUCCCUGUCAACGAGUUCAAGGCCACUUACAAGGAGAUGAUCCGCAUUGACCCUCAGAGCAAUUCCUCCCAGCUGCGGGAAGAGUUCCAGACGCUGAACUCGGUCACGCCGCCGCUGGACGUGGAGGAGUGCAGCAUCGCGCUGCUGCCCCGGAACCGCGACAAGAACCGCAGCAUGGACGUCCUGCCGCCCGACCGCUGCCUGCCCUUCCUCAUCUCCACCGACGGGGACCCCAACAACUACAUCAACGCAGCCCUGACUGACAGCUACACGCGGAGUGCGGCCUUCAUCGUGACCCUGCACCCCCUGCAGAGUACCACCCCUGACUUCUGGCGCCUGGUCUACGACUACGGGUGCACCUCCAUCGUCAUGCUCAACCAGCUGAACCAGUCCAACUCCGCCUGGCCCUGCCUACAGUACUGGCCGGAGCCGGGCCGGCAGCAGUACGGCCUCAUGGAGGUGGAGUUCGUGUCAGGCACUGCGGAUGAGGACUUGGUGGCCCGAGUGUUCCGGGUGCAGAACAUCUCUCGGCUGCAGGAGGGGCACCUGCUGGUGCGGCACUUCCAGUUCCUGCGCUGGUCUGCCUACCGGGACACGCCUGACUCCAAGAAGGCCUUCCUGCACCUGCUGGCUGAGGUGGACAAGUGGCAGGCGGAGAGUGGGGACGGACGCACCAUCGUCCACUGCCUAAAUGGAGGAGGCCGCAGCGGCACCUUCUGCGCCUGCGCCACGGUCCUGGAGAUGAUCCGCUGCCACAGCCUGGUGGAUGUUUUCUUUGCUGCCAAAACGCUUCGGAACUAUAAACCCAAUAUGGUGGAGACAAUGGAUCAGUACCACUUUUGCUACGAUGUGGCCCUGGAGUACCUGGAGGCUCUGGAGUCAAGAUAGCGGGGCCUCUGGCCUGGGGCACCCACUGUGCACUCAGGGCCAGGCCCACUGGCAAAGAGGACUUGUCCCCCCAACUCUGCUCAGCCAUAGUCCCACAGGGAAAGUGCCGGAGUGGACGCUGGGCCAUCUUGAUGGCCUCUUCCACCGUGUACAGCGCCUCUCACUGUAUCUGUGGGCAGGCUAUGGGCCAAGGAGGAGCUGAGCAAGACUUCAGCCCAGCCCCACCUCCAGAGGGUCCUGCAGGCCUGGGCUGAAAGACCUGGCACUGCCGGGCACAGUGACUGGGGCUCAGAACGACCAGCUCUGGGAGACCCAGGCCAAGACCCUUGACUGCAUACGAGCCCUUGCUAGAGAUGAGCGAGGCCUUGCAGAGCGAGUGUCCCAAGCCACAGGAAGACAGGAGGAGGGUAUGCUGGGCUUGCCCCCUGGAAUCCCGACUGGACCAGCCCCUGAGGGCUCGGCCCUGAUUUGCCAGUGGGACACACUGACCAUCCUCUUCAGGGGAACUGCCGUGCCCUCCUUCACCCCACUGCCUCCUGCAGCCCUGGGGUAUCUUGCUCACCACCCCUCUCCGCUGCUGCUUCCCGACGUGUGCUCUGAGCUUCCCAGAACCAGGAUCUGCCCGUGCCUCCCAGCCCCCCUCCCUGAGCCGCCAUCUGCAGAGUGAGGUCACCUCAGCCCUCUCUUCCCUUAGCCUUCAGGCCUUCAUGGCUCGGUCAUGCUCAGCUUGGCCAGUGACCGUCUGCGAGGCUGACCCACAGCCCCUGGGGUUGAGGCCCCUUUGGCUCCUGGUCAGGCUGCUCCCCGGGGCGGGGUGUGCUGGAGCCGAGCUGGUCACGUCCCCUAGUUCGGAAGAAGAACUGAAUGGAGGAUCGAUGCUUUUUGUUUCUUUUGUUAUUUUUUGAUGGGUGGGUGGGAAGGUCUCCUAAAAAUGGGGCAGGCCACACCCCCAUUCCGUGCCUCAGUCUCCCCAUCUAUAAACUGUAGAUAUGACUGACCUACCUCGCAGGGGGCUGUGGGGAGGCAUAAGGCGAUGUUUGUAAAGCGCUUUGUAAAUAAACAUGCUCUCUGAAUGCCA